GUGUAAAAAGACCAAAAUUAAUGCGAUUUUUUUUCUUCGCUUUAUUUCAUAGAAAAAGAGCCUUUUUCCAUCAAUCUUAAUUCAUCGAUCAAACUGCGUUAUAUUUUGACGUUAUUGACGUACGGCAUUUAUUUUGACGUUAUUGACGUACGGCAUUUGAAGUUUAAAAGGAGCAGGAGAAAGUCGCUUGUGUAAGAUUCAAGUUCUUAAUUAUUUUCAAAAUGCAACUUAUUAUAAUGCGGAAAUUCAAAAGAAUUGACGAUUUUAAUUACACUGAAAAAGCACUUACGUAGGAGAGAGAGAGGACAAGGAAAAAUUGUAAAAAAGCCUCUUGUGUAUAAUAAGCUAAUCAACGUAUCAAUAUCUUCGAUCUUCCUGUAUUAAAAACAUUACAUGGAAAAUAGUUUUGUUUCUUGCUAAUUUUAAUUUAACGCUUUUUAUGGCAUUUAAAAAAAAUGGCCUUGAUAUUGAAAGAUGUAGUUAUUGCUAACACGAAAGGGAAGCAAGAAAAAUCAUUAAAAGUGUCAUUUCGAGGUAUAACUCACAGUCUCAACGCAAAAACAACGAAGGGUGAAGUUCAAUUUCACGAAGUUAAGUGGACUUUAUCAUCUGUUAUUUCAGAGUAUGACUUUUUGGACUUUGAGUUGUAUCAGCACAACAAAGUUUUUAAUGAUAGAUUAAUUGGGGAGUUAAGAUAUAAUUUGAACGAAGUUGAUGAUUUCACAAAAGUUUGGAAUGUUGUGGAAAAUUUGUUGGAUAAAGAUGGACAUGGGUUGGAGGCGAGUAUCAAUUUCAACGUACAGUACACUCCACCAAGAAAAAACACGUACAUUCCAUUGGAAAUCAGUUCUGAAAACUUGCUUGAUACAAGUCAUUUAACCAGCCUCACAACAAGCCAGCAAAAUCUAUUAGAUUAUGAAGGAGGUAGUUUGCAUACAUCGCACGAAUCACUCACUACUAAUGAUGUUGCGUCAAUAAAUCCAAGAGCAAGAUUUUCAGAACUUUCUAUCAGUCACGAGAAGGAAUGGCAGGUUCGAGUGGAGAUCCAUGAAGGCGACCUGUUUGGUCAAGUUUCUGACCCAGUGGUGGAUAUUUUUGUUGGUGAUAAAAAAGAAUCUACAUCUAUCAAACAACAGACAAACAAACCUAUCUGGAAUGAGAAUUUUGUGCUCGAGUUUAAACAAAAUAAAGUCCGUUUUCUAGAUACUGUCUUCCAAUUGAAAGUAUAUACCGGUAGAAGUGUCGCAAGGAAAGGAGAGUUGAUUGGUCAAGCUGAGUUCGAUUUAUGGACUGUUUACAAACAAGAUACGCAUUGCUUCAAUAAAAAAUGGGCUGUGCUUCAAGAUGUCGGUGGAUUUAGCGUCAACGGUUUGAUUCUCACAACCGUUAGUGUGAUCUGUGAAGGCGACAACAUUUUUAAUGAAAAAAGCUCAACUUCGAAGAAAGAACAAAAUCACGAACGUUUAUUACCAGAAGGUACAGAAGAACCUCGGGAUGUUUACAAGUAUUCAGUCACGAUUUUUAAAGCGGAAAAAGUUCCAGCAGCUUCAGGUUCUAUUCUUGGUAGCAUGAAGAGAGCUUUGGGUGGCAAACAUAACGAAUUGAUGGACACCUAUGUUGAGGUUACCUUCGGCAGUAAAAAACUUAAGACGAGCGUUGUGAAGGGAAAAGAAGAUCCAGAAUUUAACGAAGUGCUAACGUUUAAAGAUUUUUUCCCACCCAUGUUUAAACACUUUAAAAUCCAGUUACGAGAUAGCAAUGCCAUUGCGGAUGAACCAAUCGCAACGCAUCUUAUUGACGUUGAUGAUGUCAUGCGUGCUGAUGACGAAGAUAGUGAUAUGGCUUCAGUACACUCUUUUCAGAAUGAAGGAGCAGGUCUUGUAUCACUUUUUGGUCCCAGUUGGAUCCAUCUUUAUGGUUCAUCGCGUGAAUACGAUAGGUGGGCUUAUAUUAACGAAGGGUUUGCUGAGGGGAACAGUUAUCGUGGAAAGCUUCUAGUUUCUGUCGUCUGCUCCAGCAUUAACAAGAAUGAUAUGAAGGAAAGUACAAAGGUCAGUAAAACAACUGACGUCGCUUUCGCUGUAACACCGACCAAAAAGCAGUUUCUCUUAUAUUCAACUAUAUAUGAUGUUAGUUUAAUUGAUAGAAGUUUGGCAGAGAAAUCUGUUAUGUUCGAGAUCACCAUGGCGUCGAAUGAUCCGGCCGUUCCAGAACCUCAAGUAGACGUCAAUUCUAAUAUCAAUAAUCAGAAACAACCUUUGCUGGUGUCGACAGAAUGUCCGAAGAUGUGCAGAAAAUUUACAAAAGCGUACGUCUCGAAAAUAUCUGGAACGCGUAAGUUCUGUCAUCUCGACAUUGGGACGGAAAAACCAAGUUUGCACUGUACAUUCUCUCACAUGGAAAAUACUUACCGCGCGUAUCAAGCGACUAUGCUUCAGAAAAUCUUUUACUUCUUGGAAGACCAAAAACUAGAAAUGAAAGGAAAAAUGGAAGGUUUUAAACUUGAUAAACUCAGGCUGCAAAAAGUCCGGAAUUCACUUGAUCAUCAUUUUAACUUUAUUAUUGCUACAAUCAAAACUUGUUUGAAUAAAAAUAACGAAAUCAACGAUUUGGAUAAAAGGAUAAUGCGCUACCGCUUGGAUAAAUUUAAACUUCUAAACAAGAAGAUGUACGCUUUAAUGGAGAAGGUAAGUGAUAUGGUAUCGUUGAUUGAAGCGUAUACCACUCUCGAAAAAGAAAUGGCAACAUUAAUGAAUGAUCCACAGCACUCCCUCCCCGAUGUUAUUAUUUGGAUGAUUAGUGGAGGCAAAAGGAUGGCCUACGCACGCAUUCCUGCCAUGGAGAUACUGCAUUGUGAUGAUGAUUUCAAAAGUGGGGUGAAUUGUGGCAUUCUCCAGACGGUUUUUCUUCGCUCUCCUUCGCAUAGCAGUGCAGACAGAUAUGAGAAAUCAAUUCAAGCAAAAAUGGAGAUUCGAAUGUGGUUAGGUUAUUAUCCUAACGACGACGAAGAUCAGAUUUAUCUUACAAACGCCCCCAGAGGUUACACUUUGCCUUCUCACGAAAGAAAAUUUCCGCCAUAUUUAAUUUAUGAAGACUUGAAUAAAUACACGUUGCGGGCGCACAUGUAUCAAGCUAGGGCGGUUCUUGGCUCCGAUGCGUCAGGUUUAUCGGAUCCAUUUGCCCGCGUUUUAUUCGGACGUUAUCUUGAAAAAACUAGGGUUAUUCCACAAACAAGAACGCCGGUAUGGGAUCAAAUGUUUACCUUUAAAGACAUCACACUUUAUGGUGACGUUGAUGACGUAAUAGCGCGACCUCCUGUCAUUUUGAUUGACGUGUUUGAUGAAGACAUAGAUGACGAUGAAGAGUUUCUUGGUCGCACGGUAGCUCAGCCAACGUUUAUACAGAGUGGUUUAUAUGUUCCAGCCGAAUUGCAGUGGUAUCCUAUUAUGAUGGGCGAUGAGCAAGUUGGCGAAAUACUUGCAGCUUUUGAGCUAUUUCCAUCCACUGCUAAAAACAUCCCUCUAGAGCCUUCAAUUGUUUCCAGGCGUGGAUAUGCCUUUUACCCAAUUCCUGACGCCAUUAGACCUAAAAUGGAGUCUUAUCGCGUCGAGAUGCUGUUUUGGGGUGUUCGAGAAAUGAAACGGUUGCAUGCUUUGAAGGUUAUGAAACCGCAAAUUCUCGCAGACAUUGCUCACGACGUUAAACUUGUGUCUGAUAGGAAAAAACAUCGUAAAAUUCGGUCAAAAAUUUGUCCUAAUGCUCUGAAAAAUCCAAACUUUCCAGACCAAGUGGUUUUAUUCGAUGUGGAACUCCCGGCGAUGGAGAAUUUUUUACCAACUCUUACCCUUAAAGUCUAUGAGCAUCGGAGGUUCGGAAGAUCAUAUUUGGUUGGCACGUAUACAAGCAAUUCACUGAAAGAAUUUUUUUGUACUGAUGUUCAAAAAUAUUUAAGAGAAAAACAAGCAAACUUAUCGCCUUCUACGCUAAUGGUAAAAGACAAACCGACAAAAAGCCAAGAUCAGAAGUCGACGAAAGACAAGUCACAUGAAAAGGCAGACACGCCUACGUUAAAGAAGAAAUCUGCUGAUGUUUCUGCUGACGGGACGGCUUUUAAUUGGUGGACGAGAUAUUACGCUUCGAUAGCUGAUUUAGUUGACGAAGAGCGCGAUCAGACAUCUGAUGAAAAACACGUUUUGAGGAUCACCAUAUUCAACCAUGAGUUGGAGAAGGAGUUCAAUAAUUUCAAUGACUUUAUAAUGUCUUUUCCUAUUCAUCAUGGCAAGCAUAACACCCAAGUUGGCUCAUCAGAGAAUGAGAAAAACAAGAAAGGAAAAAUUAAAGGAGCUGUACGCAUUUGGAAGAAAAGUUUGUUACGAAAUGCUAAUAUGUUAACGAAUGGUCCUUACGGAACGUUUUACAACCUUCCAUCGAACGACCCUUUUAAAAUUCUAGUGCGAGUUUACUGUGUCGCUGCUAAGCAUUUAUUCCCGAAGGAUUUUUCUGGAAAAGCUGAUCCAUUUUUGGUGGUGAAACUUGGUGAUAAAAGAAUUUCCGAUUCUGACAAUCAUGAGACGGGAACGCUACAACCUGAGUUCGGAAGGUUAUUCGAGUUCGAGGGCUUUCUUCCUUUCGAUAAUCUUCUCACAGUACAAGUUUAUGAUUGGGACUUGCUGCCAGGUUCCAACGAUUUGAUUGGCGAAACGAAAAUUGACAUUGAAAACAGAUUUUACAGCAAGCAUCGCGCAACUUGUGGAUUGGCACCAGAAUACAAAACGUCCGGUUACACAGCCUGGCGCGAUGGUGUUAAACCUUCGACUAUUUUAAACGACUUAUGUGCAAAAGAUGAACGAGGUAAACCAAGUUACCGAGAAAUCGGAUGUUAUAUCGACGAGUGCUGUCCUGCUAAGAAAGAUACUCUGCGUAGAGAGCAUUUAAAAAACGAUGAGGAUAAAGCACUUGAAGCCUUACGUGCAUAUCAAAACUUGCCCAAUGGAUAUCGUCUUGUGCCUGAGCACAUAGAAACUAGGACUUUGUAUAAUCCACAGCGUCCAUCCUUGCCACAGGGUGAAAUACUGAUGUGGGUGGAUCUAUUCCCAAUGGAUCAAAUGUUAGUCUUACCUCCUGUGGAUAUUUCAAAACAAAAACCAAAACAAUACGAACUACGUAUCAUUAUCUGGAACUGUGAGAAAGUUCCUCUCUUAGAGAAUAGCGUUAUGCUUGGUAUGGCAUCAAGUGACGUGUAUGUAAGAGGUUGGUUGGAAGGACUCUACGACGAGAAACAAAAGACAGACGUUCAUUACAGAUCCACAGAUGGAAGCGCCAUGUUUAAUUGGAGAUUUUUAUUUCCCUUUAAGUAUCAUCAAGCUAAAAAACAAUUUGUUCACCAGAAAAAACUGUCCGCAUUCGCCUUGGAAGAAACAGAGCAGUGCGUCCCACCUAUCCUUACCCUGCAGUGUAUGGAAGCUGACGUCAUCACAGCUGACGAAGUCAUAGGUCUUUUAAAGAUUCCAUUAUUGAAAAUUCCUCCAUAUUAUGGCAAGCCUAUCGGCUGGACGUACGAUCAAUAUCUGCAUCGCAAGAAGAACCACGAUCAUCCAUCAUUAUUCAAGUGUCAAUCUUUGAGAGGAUGGUGGCCAUUUUCUUCAGGGGAUGGCGUGGAAGAAAAAGGCCGAGUCGAGUUGGAAUUAGAGUUAGUAACGAAGGAGGAAGCAGAAGGUAAUCCUGUGGGAAUACGAAGAGAGGAACCACAUGCUUUGGAAAAACCUAAUCGUCCCGAAGAAAAUUUACGUUUAUUCCUUAGUCCCUUAAGAACACUACGGUUGCUUUUCAAUAACUUCAAAUGGGCGGCACUCAAGAUAUUGAUCGUUCUUCUGUUAUUAAUGUUGGUGGGAUUCUUCUUUUACGCCCUACCGGGAUAUCUGGCAAAGAAAACGUUGUCUGUUUAAAUGCGAUUACAUUCAGCAAUAAAGAUAAAUUCACUUGGCAGCUUCUUGCUUUCGUUAUAAGAACAAUUGUUGUCAUCCGUUGUGUGCGUGGAACAAAACUGACAUGAACAAAAUUGCAUCAGAAAGAAUGAUCAGUUAUACUUGAAGAAACAACCGUCAGAACAAUACUAUUUAAUCUCAAUAUAAAUUUAUAAUUAUAUUUUUUCUAUCAGUAAAUAACAAAUUUUA